AUGGCUGCAUUAAACCAACCCCAGAGUACAUCCGUUUACGUUCGCGCUCCCCCCAUCGGAUCUGAUGCUCAGCAGCAGUCCUCCUUCUGUGACAAAUUAUGCAUCUAUUUCCAGAAGAAACGAGUGAGCAGGGACAGCGACGUACUGGACGUUUGUAUCCUGGCCUCUGACGAUGAGGAACUGUGGCUGAAGGUUACUUUCAACGAGCCGUCUGGAGUUAAUGCUGUUUUAGCUACAGAGCACCACGAGCUAAGUUUCGAGAAAGAAACUAUUUCUCUUCAUGUUCAGUCAUUCUUCCCAGGUCCAGGGUUCACAGCACCACCCGUCGAUUCUGAUUCCGACAUUGAGAUUCUAAAUUUGGAUGACCAAGGCGAGGAAGAGGAGGGGUUUCAGUUAGUUGAAGUGACCGGUUUCAAAUCAACCACAUCGGAGGAAAUGCUGCGGCUGUAUUUUGAGAGUCCUCGUAUAUCUAAAGGCGGUGAAAUAGAAACGUGGGAGAUGGACGCCAAAACCAGGACCAUCCGAAUUAAAUACAGUGAUCCAUCAGUUGCAAGAGCAGUGACGGAGAAAAAUCACCAACUAGAAGGCGUAAUGUUGACGGUGCGGCUUAUUGUCAAGAGAAACACCCUCCCCCGUCCGGUUAAGAGGCGAUGCUUGCUUAUCAGAGGGAUCCCGGAUGGGUGCCCUUUGGAGCAUGUGCAACUUUACAUUGAGAAUUGCUCUGGCAUGGAGGAGCCAAUUAUUAAGUACGGAGAGAAACCCGGAACAGCAUUGUGUACAUUCACACAAGAUAUCCCAGAUUUGCAGACAGUUAUACAGAAGAUUUGCUCAAAGAAGCUAGGGAGAGCCCAGGUGACAGCGGAGGUGGUGCAUGAGCCUGAUUGCAUCCUUGUGCAAGGAUUGCCAAACAACAUGUCAUUGAAGGUUAUCGAGCUGUAUUUUGACAUUAAAAAGAAGAGUGGUGGCGGCGGUGUGAGAAAAGUAUUGCCGGGAAAUGCAAAGGACCAGGCAAUUGUUUACUUUACGGACUGGAAAGUUGUUGCUGAUGUAUUGUCCAAGAAAGGACCUCACAAGGUGGGCAGCGCUGAAGUGUCGGUGGAAGAAUACCAUGACUGUCUCGGAAAACUGAAUGAAUUAGAUUUCCCAACUCAACACUUCCCUGAGGAGUUGCGAACAAAGGCUCAUCCUGAUGCCCAAAGAACAAAGGAGGCGAUCGCCAUGACAACAAACAGGCUUGAGCUUUUCACCCAGUGCAGUAUUCGACGUAAAAUGGAAAAGAUGUUUCCAGACCUGAAAAUCACUGUUGCGUCUUUUCAAGGGCAAACGGGACUAAGCCUAAUCCUUGAGGGAACGAGGAAGGAAGUCAUUGAAGCAGAGUUAUGGAUGAGAAGAAAAAUGGAUGGCUUGAACAGUGUGGAGUUUAAAACUGGGAGGGGCAAAACGGCGUUCAUUCGCGAUGUUUCCGACAAAAUUCACGAGAUAUUAGGGUCAAGGGAUAUCAACGCUGCGUGCAACAUUUCUGCAGAUGGCAAGAUCAAAAUAUAUGGGUGCACCAAAGGGGAUACAUCCCUGGCUAAAUUGUAUAUUGAUCAGGAAAUAGACGAAGAUAUCAUCCGUAUCAACGGGCCUGCCGUGUCAGAUGUUCUGAAAAGCCAAAAAGGAAUCCUGCUAGUUGCAGAUAUCAACAAAAAGAAAUUUGCCAAGGCUGCCAUCAAUUAUGAGUCAGGAAACAUAGAGCUUGUUGGAUUCCGGAACGAAUUGAAAGAAACCAAGCAGCACAUUCUAGCGUUCCUGAAGGAUACUGUCAGAGUAAAUGAUACCAUUUGCACUAACAGAAGCAAAGUCCGUCUGAUCACCUCAUUCCACGGCCAGGAACUGGCGGGUUUUACAGCCAAACACAAGAGAAACCACGUCAUCAUUCAGCCACAAAUGAGCGAACGCAACGCGGGGUUUCUUGUCGAGGGAAACGAAAAAGGCCUGGAUGCUGCCACGCUUUUCGUCAGCCAGCUCGUGGCUAGAAUCAAGGAGAAACUGUAUCCUGUCUCAAAGAUCGGCAUGGUUCAGCUCUUCCGUGAAACCAAAGGAAAGAAGUUUCUGGAAUUCGUUGAGGAGGAGCUCGAGUGUGUGAUCGACGUGAUUGGAGAAAACGAAAACAAUGAUGAGGAUGUAGAAGGUGCAGAAGGUGCUACCGCAAGUCCACCCCAGACCGGAGCCACAGAGGUGCUUUGUAGAAUCAGUCUUUUAAAUGGCUGCACUUUGAGGGUGUGCAAAGGAGACUUGACUAAACAGAAGGUUGAUUGCAUUGUAAAUGCUGCAAACGUGGAUCUGAAACACGGCGGAGGAUUAGCAGCUGCUAUCCUUCAGGCUGGCGGGCAAAUAAUUCAGACCGAGUGUGAUGAGAUACUUAAGAAGAAGCCGGGUCGGCAGUUACAAAUCGGAGAGCCCGUUUGCACUUCUGGUGGCAGCCUACCCUGCAAGAAAGUCAUUCACGUUGCUGGACCGCGGUGGCCGUCUUGGAAAAGAAAGAAGCGCGACGAAGAUCAUCUCCUCUUUAACAGUGUUUUCCGUUGCCUUCAGCUGGCAAAUCAGCUGAAGAUGCAGUCAAUCGCCAUCCCUGCCAUCAGCACGGGUUUGUUCGGCUUCCCCACCAAACGUGCCGCAGUCCAGAUUGUGAACGCGGUGGUUGAGUUUAAUCAAAAAGUAUCUGACACUAGUCUGACGGAGAUAGGUCUGACUAACCACGACCAACAGACCUGUGAUGUUAUCAAACAAGUCGCAAUGGAUCAGCUGGGACAUCUUAUAGCGGCAGAAGCUUGCAUCGAUGAUACAGCAGGUGCGACUGGAGUCUGGAUGCCUGAUGAUGAACCGGCUGUAGUGCCAAUAACAUUUAUCUCUUCUGGGCCAAACAUCCUGACAACAAAUGAAGGCAUUAAUGUAACCUUGAAGAAAGGGAGCGUCACUGAAGAACAGGCUGAUGUGAUCGUGAACGCAUCGAACAUUGACUUGAAACUGAGUAUCGGCCUGGUGUCAAAAGCAAUACUGCAAGCUGCUGGGCCCGCUCUCCAGCAAGAAUGUGACACGGCGAUUGCAGCCCGUGGCAAGGUACCCUUGGGUUCCUUCGUAGAAACUGGGGCAGCCGGUAUGACCAACUGCAAAAAAAUCUUUCACUGCGUCAUCGACCGGUAUCACCCGAAUGCGUCGGAAAAGACUUUGAGUGCUCUUGUCGAAAGUUUGGUGGAGCAGGCCGAAAUCAUACAAAUGCAUUCCCUGGCGAUACCAGCCCUGGGCACGGGCAACAUGGGUUACCCAGCUGACGUCACUGCUCGAGUCAUGUACGAUGCUGUGGCAGCAUUCAGCAGUAAGCACCCCACCGGUGUUCUGAAGGACAUUCGAUUCGUGGUAUAUGACAAGGAUAUGAAAACCAUUAAGGGUUUCGAGGAUGAAAUCGAACGCCUGACAACUUCUGGAGGACCUCCACCAGCUGUCACUCAAAGGAAACUGAGACAAUCAACCUCGACUACAGCUGAUGAACCUAAAGUUGCGAACCGACACCCGUUCUCACAGGUGCAUAGAGACCCGGCUGGGACGUUGCAGGCCAAAAUUGGUCAAGUGUGUCUGCAGAUCUGCCAGGGGGAUCUUGUGACAGAAAAAAGCAGUGCCGUCGUGAACAGUGCGGGAAAGAAGUUAGAUCUGCAAGGUCCUUUGUCUUGUGCACUCCUGGAAAAGGGUGGAAAGAAAAUCAAGAAGGAAUUUGAUUCUUUCCGUAAAAAGGAUCCGACGAAGUCGGUGUAUGUCACAACUGCUGGGAAACUGUCCUGCAACUUCAUUUUCCAUGUUGUCACGCCCAAGACCUCCGAGGAGACUAAGAUUAUCGUGACCAAGACUCUUCUAGAGGCAGAAAGCAAGCAGGUCAAAUCCAUAUCCUUCCCCGCGCUUGGAACAGGCCCACAGGCAGGACAAGCUGUUGGUCCUUCGGCCAGCGCCAUGUUGGCUGCCAUUGGAGAGUUCGUAUGUCGAGAGAAGCCUCGUAACCUGCAACUGGUUCGCCUUAUCAUCUUUAAAGCAGACAUGCUCCAUGGCUUCGAGGCUGCUUUAAAGCAGAAUGAGGAUCGCUCGUAUAAGAAGCAAGCUAGUUUUCCCUCCGCAGGAUUAGGUUUGGCAAAGUCUGUCCUUCCUUCGGCCACUGUUGAGGACACGUCAAACAACGAGUCCCAACGAGAAACGAUCCUCCUUCACAUCUGCGCCAUGGAUGACGUCACCAUACAGAGAGCAACAGGCAAGAUCGAUAGAUAUCAAGACGAGGAGUUCACAUUGGAGGAUAUGCCAGAUUCCCAUGGAAUGAUUGCAAAAAUGAAGAAAGAGCACCGUGCUGAACUCCGAACCAUUGAACGGAAGUACAAUGUGGGGAUAGAAGUUUCAAAAGGUCCUGCCAAGUUCCGAGUGCAGGGCCUUAAAAUGAAUGUGAAAGAUGCGAGAUUCAGCAUCCAGGAGAUGUUCACGACAAUGCAAGUCCAGGAGACCGAAAAGCAACGUAGCACACAUUUGACGAAGAGAGUGCAGUGGAAGUACAGCACACUGACUGGUGUGGGAGUCUACGACGCCAAAAGCAAUGCUGUCAUAGAGGACGCCUACCAAAGAAAAGAGCCUUCGGUUGCCAUGGAUCUGAAAGAAGUCCGGGUCACCAUUGACUUCAAUAAAAUGCAGGAACUGUCAGAGGAUGGUCCUGUCAGCCUAAAUCGUGUUGACCUUCAGGAAGUUGCUAAACUCGAGACACCGAGCUGCUGGAAACCCAUGAAAAAGGGCGAGCACUUCAAGCUAGUCAAACUAAUUGAAGCAAGUGAGGAAUACACGGAUGUUGAAAGACGAUUCCGAUCAUCCAUGGGUAUAAACCCCACAGUGAACCAAAUCGUAGAGAUACUAAGAAUCCAGAAUACAGAAUUAAUGAUGCAGUAUCAGGCUCGUAAGGCAGCGCUACAGGCUCGUCUUGACCGUACAGACAUCGAGGAGACGUUGUACCAUGGUACCGAUGAGCAAUCGUGUGACCAGAUCAACAACUUUGGAUUCAACCGCGUCUUCAGCGGUAAAAAUGCAGCCUUGUACGGCAACGGGACCUAUUUCGCGGCCAAAGCUAGCUUCUCGGCCAGAUACGCUAAACCGAACGCCAACAACACAAAGCACAUCUACGCCACCAAAGUCCUAGUGGGAGAUUUCACCAAGGGUGCCCAGGAUAUGAAGGUGCCCCCAAACAAACCCAACACGACAGAUCAGCAAUACGACAGUGUGGUGGACAACGUGGGCACGCCCAGCAUAUACGUCAUCUUUCACGAUGCCCAGGCGUAUCCAGAACACCUCAUUAAAUUCAAGUAG